AUGACCGAAGGACGCGGGAAGUUUAUUCGUUUCCAAGGUGACGGGGUACUCGCCGACCGCGGCACCGCCUCCGCGCCCCGCUCCGCCCCCUCUCGGGAGGCUGCGGGCUCCGGUUCCAGAAAGACGGGGCAUCUUGGUAGCAUCCAUGAAGCAGUGCGAGCUGGAGAUAUAAAGCAGCUUUCAGAGCUAGUGGAGUGUGGAGCUAACAUUAAUGAAGUUGAUGUUCUCCAUAAAUUUACCCCUUUACAUUGGGCAGCACAUUCUGGAAGUUUAGAGUGUCUUCAUUGGCUGCUCUGGCAGGGAGCUGAUGUCAUGCAAGUAACUACAAGAGGUUGGACCGCAGCUCACAUAGCUGCAAUCAGGGGCCAAGAUGCUUGUAUGCAGGCUCUUAUCAUGAAUGGAGCAGAUCUGGCAACACAGGAUCACCGUGGGUGCACCCCUCUACACCUUGCUGCGACUCACGGUCAUUCUUUCACCUUGCAAGUCAUGCUCCGGAGUGGUGUGGACCCCAGCGUGGCCGACAAGAGGGACUGGAAGCCUGUGCACUGCGCGGCUUUCCACGGGCGGCUGGGCUGCCUGCAGCUGCUCGUGAAGUGGGGGUGUGGCACUGAAGACGUGGACAGCGGCGGCAAUCUUCCAGUUCACUUGGCAGCCAUGGAAGGCCACCUGCAUUGCUUCAAGUUCCUGCUCAGCAGAAUGAGCCCCAGCACGCAUGCUUUGAAAGCCUUUAAUGACAACGGAGAGAAUGCCGUGGACCUGGCGCAGAGGUUCUGCAAGCAGAACAUCCUACGGUUCAUCCAAGGAGCUGUGUGGGAAGGAAAUGGCCUGGAAGAUCAGGAAACUGCUGGGCAGGGCCACAUGGAGUGCUUGCAGUGGCUGAUUAACAUGGGCGCGGACAAUAAUAUUACCAACAAAGCAGGGGAGAGACCCAGUGACGUGGCUAAGAGAUUUGCCCAAUUGGCAGCAGUAAAACUAUUAGAAGGGGUGCAGAAAUAUGAUAUGGGUGUUGAGAAUGAAACUGACGAACAUGAUGCGGAGUUUUUUAUGAGGCAUGGAGUUGAGGGGAGCACCGAUGCCAAGGAAGACGUAUGCCUGAGCGAGGCAGACAAGACCGAAGCCCGAAUGCGAGCUUAUAAGAAGAUUGUGGAGUUGCGGCACCUCCUGGACAUUGCAGAGAGCAACUACAAACACCUGGGCGGGAUAACGGAAGAGGAUGUGCAGCGGAAGAAGGAGCAGCUGGAGUCUGAAAAGAUCAUCAAAGGGCUGCAAGGCCAGCUAGAGUAUGAACGACUGCGUAGAGAAAAAUUAGAAUGUCAGCUAGAUGAAUAUCGAGCAGAGGUGGACCGCCUCAGAGAGACGACAGAGAAAAUUCAAGUCCCUAACUCAGUGGCCUCGGAAGAUGACUCAGGUGAGUCCUUCAGAGAGAAGAGGCCAGGGAGGAAAAAGACAUCUUCCGGGGGGCGCUUGUGAGAAGGUGCUAACCAGGGAAGUGACUUUAACUA